CUAGCCCGCCUUGGCUCGCUUAGCGAUGCGCCCACCUCAAUAUCGUCGCCGCCUCGAACUUUUUUCGACUCUUCAACUCCUCGUUCAACUAACCCGACUUAUCAGAAAAGACAGACCACCUCUCGCACUAGCCAUGCCUCCCAAGUUCGAUCCCUCCGAGGUUAAGGUCAUCCACCUCCGUGCGACCGGUGGUGAAGUCGGUGCCUCCUCCGCCCUUGCCCCCAAGAUCGGUCCUCUCGGUCUCUCGCCCAAGAAGGUCGGUGAAGAUAUCGCCAAGGCCACUGGCGACUGGAAGGGUCUCCGCGUCACCGUCAAGUUGACCAUCCAGAACCGUCAGGCCGCCGUCUCCGUCGUUCCCUCCGCCUCUUCCCUUGUCAUCAAGGCCCUCAAGGAGCCUCCCAGGGACCGCAAGAAGGAGAAGAACAUCAAGCACACCAAGUCCAUUCCCCUUGACGAGAUCAUCUCCAUUGCCAGGACCAUGCGCUUCAAGUCUAUGGCCAAGUCCCUCGAGGGUACCGUUCUUGAGAUCCUCGGAACUGCUUUCUCCACCGGCUGCCAGGUUGACGGCCGCAGCCCCAAGGCUGUCCAGGAGGACAUCCACUCCGGCGAGAUCGAGAUCCCUGAGGAGUAAAUGUUUGCACAUCGAUAAAACGGUGCAUGACAGACAUGAUUGGAUGAUUUACGCCAUAGAUGGUUUACAUAGCUGAAUGAGCAGUACGUCUCCAACACAGAGCUCCAGUUCAACUGGUGGGACAUGUCCAGCUACGGCGUUCGAGGUGUCUGAAACAAAAGUGACCUUGGCAUAAGGCAAUACGAUACCCAUUUUGUCGACUCCAACUCGUUAUCUUGAUGCGUGAUGUAACGUUGUUUCUGUGUAUAUCUGCAGCUUAGCCUCUUGGAGUGGAGGCUUCAACGAUUCUAUGAUCCGUACCUACGGCUGUAUGUCUCCAGUAAAUUCUUACUUAGGAUAGAGAUCAGAUUGUUCGAAAUUGCAUCUAUGUAUUAAGUCUGCGCAAACCUCGUGUCGAAAUUUGGAUCAAGAUGCGCUAAACCCUUUGCGGUUUAUCGAUAAAGAUAUGUUCGGUCGCAAAAAGUUCAAGGUAACGAAC